GCCGCCCACCUCUGCUCCGACAGUCUCCCCGAGUCCCAGCAGCAAGACGGCAACCACGCACCCAACUUCUCCAGCCACAGCUCAUGCCGCCGUCGCCAGCGGCGCCGACAUGACAAGGCGCUGCAUGCCCGCUAGGCCAGGUUUCCCCUCAUCCCCAGCCCCGGGGUCGUCGCCCCCGCGCUGCCAUCUGAGACCCGGUAGUACCGCCCCUGCUGCAGCGGGAAAGAGAACAGAGAGUCCUGGGGACAGGUACCGUGCAGAGGGCUUGAGAAGGGGCCGGGUCGCGGGGGCAAGGGUACAAGGGGAGGACUGCAGACGGCCGCUCUUCCAGUUCCCGCCAUCCUCCGCGAGCUCAGGCCUUGGCAUACUGGGGCCUGGCAAACCGCCGCCCCGCCUCCGCGCAGGGGCUUCUGGGAGUUGCAGUUUCCUUUUCUGUAGUUGGGCAGCUGCUCGAUGGCUACGGAGAACCCGCCUUAGGUAGAACGUGAUUUUUGUCCUUUAAGAAAGCUUGACCCGGGGCCCUAACUGCUUAAUGCAUAUUUAGGUCUUUUUUGGUAUGUUCUCAGUUCUGCUGAUCCUAGUGGUUUAGUAGUAUUAACCUUUUCUGUGUUGUGGGUGAAAUUAUGUAAGAUGUGAUGAGGAAAGCCCUUCCACGAAUUACUUUGUCGUCCGGUGGCCACGCUAAUUCAUGCCUAAAAGAACAUGCAAAUUUGGAAUGUGACAUGUUUUCUCUUUCAGUAACUUUACGCCUCUCCAAAAGGCCGAUUUUUUUGUAAAGGUUUUUUUGGGUCUGUGUAAUGAGAUGGAGAGUUUCAUCAAAUGACAUCCUCUGACAAUAAAACAUGUUUAAAUUCUCU